AUGGAAUUAAGGAAAGUAAAUGAAGUUAAACCCGUGCAAAAUGAUGAAAUUUGUAGCAUUUGUGAAACUUUUGGUCAUCUUACGCAUGAUUGUCCUAACAUUCCAACUUUCAAAGAAGUUUUACAUGAUCAAGCCAAUGCUAUGAACACUUUUAAAAAGUAUUUUUCUUCUCCAUACUCAGAAACAUAUAAUCAACAAUGGAGAAAUCAUCCCAACUUUAGUUGGAGAGAUGAUAAUCGUGUUCAUUUAUCACAACCUCAAGGGCUUUCAAAAUUUCCUUCUUUUCCACAACCACAAUCAAAGACUCUUGAGGAAACAUUGCAGUCUUUUAUGCAAGGACAAGCAAAUAUUAAUAAUCAAACUUCACAAGCCAUAAAUGAAAUCAAGAACACACUUUCUUCAUUGACCUCUUCUUUACGUUCUCAAGAGAAAGGCAAAUUUCUUGCUCAACCUCAACCAAAUCGUUCUGGGCAAUUUAAUGUAAAUGCUUCUAGUUCUUCUGAAAGUCAACAAGAAAAUGCCAACUUCAUCACAACUCUUCGUAGAGGAAAAAUUAUUGACAAAACCAUCCCUUCAAAAGAACUAAAAUAUGGUGGUACUUCAAAGCAAGAAAAUGACGUUUUCAAAAACUUGUGCACUGUCAAGAGAAAACUUAAUGGUCAACAGAAAGCAUUUUUGACAAAGAAUGUGAGCUCAAUCAUUCAACAAAACACUCCACCUAAAUUCAAAGAUCUUGAUUGUCCCACAAUUUCUUGUGUGAUUGGAAAUAAUAGGAUAGAAUGUGCUUUGCUUGAUCUUGGUGCUAGUGUUAAUCUAUUACCUUUUUCUGUGUAUGAGCAACUUGGUUUGGGAGAGCUUAAACCAAUAGCAACAACACUUCAACUUGCUGAUCGUUCAGUAAAAGUUUCAAGAGGGGUUGUAGAGGAUGUUCUAGUUCAAAAUGAUAAAUUCUAUUAUCCUUUUAUCACUACAACUUCAUCUGAUGCGCUAGAAUUUGAAUUCAGCGAUAAUUCUAAAAAUUCGCAUAUGAUUUCAAGUGUUCAAGAGCCAAUGCUCGAUUUGAAACCAUUUUUUGAGAAUUUCUCUAGAUUGGAAGAGUCUGUUGCUAUACAUGAUUCUAAAUAUUGA